CAAACCUCCAUCCUUUCAUCUCCCUGUUCAUCAGAAACACCUCGUUAGGAUAAAUUCAACUGUUCGGCUCGGUGCCCGGUGUCACAGAUGAAGGUGGAGGGGUUACAGGAAGACGGAGGGUCUGGUUCGGUGUCAUCUGUAGAUCAGAGUGCCACUGGUGCCGGUGGGUCGAUGUGCAGCCCCGGUUCGGCUGAACGCUGCAUGUCGCGGCUGCUGAGCGCCGUGGAGAGCGAGCUGCAGGCCGGCCGGGAGAAGGGCGAUCCAACAGAGCGGGAACUGAGGGUGACGUUAGAGGACGCCGAGCUGUGGAGGAAAUUCCAGCACAUCACUAACGAGAUGAUCGUCACCAAGAAUGGACGUCGCAUGUUCCCAGUCCUGAAGGUGAGCGUGUCUGGCCUGGACCCCAGCUCCAUGUACUCCUUCCUGCUGGACUUCGUGCCGGCUGACAGCUGCCGCUGGAAGUUUGUAAACGGGGAGUGGGUGGCGGCCGGCCGGGCGGAAAGCCGCAGCGAAGGCCGGGGCCACGGCGGCAUCUACAUCCACCCUGACUCGCCAAACUUUGGCGCUCACUGGAUGAAAGCGGCCGUGUCCUUCAACAAGGUCAAACUCACCAAUAAGGUGAAUGGAGGAGGACAGAUUAUGUUGAAUUCUCUCCAUAAGUAUGAACCUCAGCUCCACAUCGUGUGUGUUGGCUCUCGCCAUCGACUGGUUUCCAACGUUUCCUUCAAAGAAACACAGUUCAUCGCCGUCACUGCCUACCAGAAUGAAGAGAUCACAGCCCUAAAGAUCAAAUACAACCCGUUCGCUAAAGCCUUUCUGGAUGCCAAAGAGAGGAUCCCAGGUGGGCGGAGUUUGCCUGAGUCAUCAGAGAGCCGUGUUGGGAUUCAGUCCUGUUGGUCGCUGUGCUCAGCUGGAGGAGGAGGUGCUUUUCCUUAUGGCAGCAGCCUCCCGCUGACAUCACAUCAUCACCAUGGUUAUAAACACCAUGGGUACCCUGGGAGACACACACCUUACCCCACUGCCUACCUGCCCCACCGCUCGCACUCCUCAGUGUGUCUCUCUGAAGGUGUUCAGGUGAUAUCUGAUGGAUGGAGCACCUCUUCCCCUCGUCCCACCUCGUCUUCCUCCUCACCCUCCUCUGCCUCCAUUCCCUUGAGUAGCAGUGCCCCUUCAUCACAGCCUCCUCCUCCUCCUCCUCACAGCUCCAGUCAGUACCCUUGUCUGUGGACAGUUGGAUGCAGCGAGCUGAGCCCCUCCCACUCGCCCUGCGCUGGGCUCCACCAUGGACCAAUCAGCAGCGAGGGACUCAUGCAGCCUCCUAGUCACACUCGGAUGGGCGGGGCUGGAUGGCCACCUGGUCCCACACACUCUUUCUGAAAUGUGAUGUGAUUGGCCAAAUUAAUCAGUGAUAACGCCCUGCACACUAGAAGCCUGGUGGUAACCGUUCAGUAUGAUUAUUUGUUAGUAACCUUGGUGACAGCUGCUGGUUAUUUGUACAUAGAGUACUGUAAGCUUUCAUGGCUACUCAUAUCAUGCAGUUGAUAAAAAAUAUAUAUAUUUUAAACACUAUUUGUAACUAUUUAUGACUAUUUGUAUAGAUAUCAUUUCGAAAUUAAUGGUUACUUGUAUCUGCUUGUGGCUACAAUCACAUAGGGAUAGAGAUACCCAACCCCAACCCCAAAAAUAUGUAUUCUUCAACCAGUUGGCGAGUGGUUUCUGGCAGUUGCUUUGUGAAAUUAAUCACAAAGAGGGUGCUGCACAAAACACCUCCUAAAAGUUGCUUUGGCGGGUACCAGAUUGCCGCAGUGACUCACAGUUUUCAUGUAAUAAGCCAACUUAUCUGCAAAUACUCAUCGAGAGUUCAUAACCUACUAGUGAAAUUGGAAACAGAGACCGGUCACCUACAAGUAAAAGUUGGAGCCUCUUAUACACGUUGGGUCCAGCAGUAAGACACAGCAUUUACUUGAUGGUAAACCGUGAACUAUGUAUGCAAGCUCUUGGCUAACAUAGCAGUCUGUUAGUGACCAAAACAGUCUUAUGGCGGUUUUCUGGUGCAGCACCUUCUUUAUGACAGACUUUGUGACCUAACAGCCAACAAGCACUCACCAACCAUUCAGGAAAUACACACUUUUUUUCCUAGCGACCAUAGGCUGACUGCGGUUGAUGGACUGGUUUCUAUGACUUUUAGACCGAGGCCUCAAACAGGAAGUGGCCAGUUGGCUGCUUGUACCACAGCUAUUGGUGGCUACAAUUUCAUUUAGAAGCUGUGACUACUUAUAGAUAACAGUGACAACUCCUGGCUACAAAAAUUCAUGGCUGUGUAUAACUACUAGUGGCUAUUUAGCUGCUGCAGCUAGUAAUACUAGGUGCUAGUAUCUAUCGCUGGUUAAUAGUAUAUCUUUUUAACAACUAGUGGCUUUAACUUAAAGCGCUGGUGUUAUUUCUACAUGGUAACUUCUAGUGGCUGUUAAUGUCUGCUAGUGGCUGCUAUUAGUAGAUAAAGGUAAUCACUGCUGGCCUUUGUUGCAUGUAAGCAGCAGAUACUGGUUAGCAACUGGCAGCUACAUAUGAGUGACGGUGUUAUUUGAGUUAGUGGCAACCAUUUUAGUUAGCAGCUUACCAGUAAAUACCUGUAAAUAAAAUGGUUACAUGUACCUGCUGGUUGUUGAUGCAAUCUAAUGAGCACUGGGGGCCACUUUUAAAAUCUAAUAGGUAAAUAUUUGCUAAUGUCUUCUAGUAAGCAUCUACUGACAGCCAAAUGUUCUCUUGGUUACUUAAACUAAACCAGUACUGUUGGGUUUUCCCCCCUAUUUAUUGGUAAUAAAAAUGUAAAGCAGUGAGAUGAACAUAUGUAAAUGAAAUGUUAGCCAAAAGCCUGCGCUUCAGAUUCCUCUUUAUACUCAAUUUAUAAUUUAUGAAAUUUAAAAUUUUCUGCAGGCUUCCAGAAGUUCGCCAAUCAAAACGAAGAGGGCUUUUAGGGAGGGGGGCCUUAAAGAGACAGGAGCUAAAACACGUUAUUUCAGCAGGUGAACUGAUGGGCUGAAUAAGUUAAGAUAAGUAUAAGAUAAAUGUGGUUUAUUUUCAAAAGCAAAUCAUGCUAAGACUUUAAAUGAGAUGUAUUAUGCUUUUCAUGAUUUGUUGUCAUGUAUUUAAUGUCACAGUGUCAGAUGUUCAUAUUAAACCUGUCUAAAGUUAAAAAUAAUGAAGUAAACUUAUGUAAAAUUAUUUCUUUUGAGACUUCACACUGCUCUGAAUCCUCUGUCUCCAACAUCACGGCUCAUAGGCUUUCAGUGCUGGCUUUGAGAUGUUGGCCAGUCAG